UUUUUCAUUUCGAAGCCUUCAUGUUUUAUCCCAGGACGAUAUUUUCAGGUGAAAGAUUCGCUGUUUAUUCACAUUCUGAUGUUGAGUUUCGGCUUUCUCUUCUACACGAUGAUCAACAGUACCGAACGAAUCGGUGUGUGGCAAAAGCUGUGUGUGGUUUUGAAUAUUGCCAUGAUCACCAUCACAGUUGCUCAAUUUUCGAUUUAUGCUUCUGUGAUCAAUGCGAACAUGGAAAUGCUUCAAAAUCAACUGGAAUCUUUACACAAAUCUUCGGAGAGGAAGUUCACUUUAUCAACCGAAAUAUUUCUGAAUAUGAAGAUGUUGAAAAAUGUUAUCGACGCGUCGGACACCCUUAAUAGUGUGUAUGGUCUAAAAGUAGACUGUUAUAUUUUUCUUUUCCUGAUAUCAACAUUGUUUGAAAUAGAGAUGACGCUGGAUUCUCUGGCUAAAAGUACUGUUAUGGGGAGGCAUAUUUAUAAUAUUAUUUUUAUUCAGAUUCUACUGGGAAUUACCCUCUACCCAUCUCAGGAAAUACACUUCAACAUGUCCAGAAUAUAUUCGACAAUCGUUCAAAUAGUCAACACUUUCACUGUCGAAGGAGUCCAACAAUUCAACUCUAGAAUGAGGAGAGAACUUCACCUCGCAAUGGAUAUAUUGUCCGUCAAAACCUACUGUGAUGCUUACUUUGGAGUAUUGCUUGCCGGUCCUAUUUCGAUCUAUACAAUUUGGUACUAUUUUGUGGUGUACAUUAUGGUCAGAGUAGGUUCUUAAUUUGGGUGCCCUAGUGAUAGCCAUUAU